AGCUAUAAUAUUCAGAUUACCAAUAGUUAUCGAUCGAAUGAACACAUAUGCAUGUACAUUAGUAAUUACAGUAUAUAUAUGGUAUGGUAUAGUGAAACUAAUAAUUCCUGACAAAAAACCCUAGCUAUCCCCAAUCAACUGCAUAUUAUUAAACCCUAAGCUAAGCUGACUUCUUAGUUGAACGAUUUCAACAGCCAUAACUCAUCUUACCUGCAAUUUCAUGCACUCCUCCAUUAAUAUAUCCCCACCAUUUUCUGCAACUUUCCUCAUUCGAACCCUGCAGCCAUGGAUUCUCUCUCCCUCUCAUCCCUACCAUUCCUUGUAAUACCACUUGUUAUCAUCUUCCUCCUCUCCCGCAGCCGCAGCCGCACCUCCUCCUCCAAGAAGCUCAAGCUCCCACCGGGGCCCCCGGGCUACCCGGUGGUCGGAAACCUCUUCCAAGUGGCCUUCUCCGGCAAGCCCUUCUUCCAAUACAUCCGCGACCUCCUCCCCAUUUACGGCCCCAUCUUCACCCUCAAAAUGGGGACUCGCACCAUGAUCGUGGUGGCCAGCAACGACCUCGCCUACGAGGCCCUCAUCGAGAAGGGCCCCAUCUUCGCCACCCGCCCCUCCGAGAAUCCCACCAGGAUCAUCUUCAGCUCUAACAAAUUCAGCGUCAACGCCGCCUACUACGGCCCCGUCUGGCGCUCCCUGCGCCGGAACAUGGUCCAGAACAUGCUCUCCACCGCCCGCAUCCGCGACUUCCGCAAAACUAGGGAUCUCGCCAUGGACAGGCUCGUCGACCGCCUCGCCGCCGAGGCCGCCGCCAACGACGGCGCCGUUUGGGUUCUCAGAAACGCCAGGUUCGCCGUCUUCUGCAUUCUGCUCGAUAUGUGCUUCGGCGUUGAAAUGGAUGAGAAAACCAUCCAAUCCGUCGACGACAUGAUGAAAUCCGUGCUCAUCGUUCUGGAUCCGAGGAUGGACGAUUUCCUCCCCAUUUUGAGCCCAUUCUUCUCCAAACAGCGGAAGAGAGUUCAGGCGGUGAGGAAGAAGCAGAUCGAAACCCUAGUUCCCCUAAUCGAGAAAAGGCGGCAAGAGUGGAUCAAGCACGGCAGCGCCUCUAAUUCGUUCGCCUACCUCGACACGCUCUUCGACCUCAAGGUGGAAGGCCGGAAGUCGGCGCCGACGAAUGAGGAGCUCGUCACGCUCUGCUCCGAGUUCCUCAACGGCGGCACCGACACCACCGCCACGGCGGUCGAGUGGGCGGUGGCGCGGCUGAUCGAGAACCCUGCGAUCCAAUCUCGCCUCGCCGACGAGAUCCGGGCGACGGUGGGGGAGAAGAAGGUGGACGAGAAGGACGUGGAGAGGAUGCCGUACCUGAACGCCGUGGUGAAGGAGCUGCUGCGGAAGCACCCGCCGACCUACUUCGCGCUGACGCACGCGGUGACGGAGCCGACGAGGCUGGGCGGCUACGACAUCCCGACCAGCGCCAGCGUGGAGUUUUUCUCGGCGGGGAUCGCGGAGGAUCCGAAGGUGUGGAGCGACCCGGAGAGGUUCGACCCGGAUCGGUUCUUCGCGGGGCGGGAGGAGGCGGAUAUAACGGGCGUGACCGGGGUGAAGAUGAUGCCGUUCGGAGUCGGGCGGCGGAUCUGCCCCGGCUUGGGUAUGGCCACGGUGCAUGUCAACCUCAUGCUGGCCCGGAUGGUGCAGGAGUUUGAGUGGUCGGGUUACCCGGAUACCGCCAAAGUCGAUCUUACUGAGAAGCUCGAGUUUACGGUCGUGAUGAAGAAUAGUUUGAGGGCUGGGAUCAAGCCACGUGGAUAGAUGAGAUGGAGAUGGAUAUGGAUGGGUAAUAAAGCUUCUAUUCAAUUAUUGUUGUUGGUUUUGAUAAUUAAUUAUUUGGUAUUUGAGUUUUGAAGCUUUAAUUUGAUUCGUAGUUUGUACUCUGCUCAACAAAACUUUACUUGUGAAGAUUACUGUUUUUUUCUUAAA